CAAACAGUAUUAUCUAUUGGCUGUCGCGAUAUUUACAUAAUGCAUAAUAACUUCUCUAGAUAAAGGAAAAAAAUCAUUGACUGCUCGUCUUACCUACGUCGCAGUUAUUAGUUAUUUUUAAUACACAUGUGAAGUGUGUACGUACAAAGAAACAAUUCAAUUGUCAACAGUAUACUUUGUAACUCUUUAUAUACCUGCAAGUUCAGUGAUGGUUACGUAAGUUUUUGUCGAAGAAUUUGUAUUUCAAUUGACUAAUAAUUUUCAUUAUUAGUCAUCCGAUUGAAUUGAAUUAGAACGAUUUUGUUUUCCGAACUAUUUCGAACCCACGUUCAUAGUUUCGUUCACGUUCUACAAUAUGGCUGACUUGAUGUUUGACUAUCAGUUCCGUUUGAUACUGAUCGGUGACAGUACAGUGGGCAAGAGUUCACUGUUAAAAUUUUUCAACGACGGUAAAUUCGUCGAGGUGUCUGAUCCGACAGUUGGCGUUGAUUUUUUUGCUAGAACAAUACAAAUACCCAGUGGUCCACGAAUAAAAUUACAGCUUUGGGAUACAGCUGGUCAAGAGAGAUUUAGAUCAAUUACAAAAUCCUACUAUCGAAAUUCAGUAGGUGCUUUGUUAAUAUAUGACAUAACAAAACGAGCUAGUUUUGAACACAUACCUGUUUGGAUGAACGAUGCCAAACGACACAUUGAACCUCAUCGACCAGUAUUUGUCUUAGUUGGGUGCAAAUUAGAUCUGGUAAAUAAUGGUGCUAGUAAAAGGGAAGUGACUGAAGAAGAAGCCAAACAAUUUGGUGCAGAACAUAAUAUAUUCACUGUUGAAACAUCAGCAAAAACAGGUUCUAAUGUUGAAUUGGCAUUUUCUGCUAUUACCCAAGAAAUUUAUCAGAGGAUAAAAAGUGGUGAAUACCAAAUGGAAGAAGGCUGGGAUGGCAUUAAAAGUGGUUAUUCACAUCAUUCAGCUAGCAUUGAUUUCAAUAACUAUAUUGAGGCUGAACCAGCUAAGUCAUGCUGUUAAAACUUGAAUCCCCUUAACAAGCUUUUAUUCUUUUUUUUUUGUUUUUUAUCUUUAACUGAAUAACAAUUUUAUGAAACAAACAUUAGGCUUUGAUGACUUUUAAUUUUUAAAUUUUUAAAUGUUUAUAUUGACAAAUAUUAACCUAAGGUAAAUAUUUAAGCUACAUUUAGGAGAAUGGUACAAGACUAGUAUUCUAUGAAUUAUUGUAAACUAUAGUUUAUUUUAUAUAUAUAUAUAAAUGUAUAAUUUUUUUGCACAUAAUUAUAUUUUUUUAAUAUGAAUGUUUUACAAUUAAGCUUUGUAUAAACUAUCUGUCUUACUCAAUAAUAAAUUACUAUAAUUUAUUUCCAAAUGUCAACA